GCUAGAGCCUCGCCGCCGACGCCGCCGCCGACGCCAUGGAUGAUCCUCGGGACUGUUGUGGACUCGAGGGCCCUUCGACCGUGCCCUUGCGGAAAAGCCCACGAUGGUUCGCGGCCUAGAAGAGCCCAAAAGCCUCGCGAGCGGCCACUUCAUCACCAUCAUCAUCGUCGUCAUCGCCUUCGUCGUCCGCAAUUCAAUUCGACAUCGCCAAGAAAUAAAUGCUCUCUGUUCCCAAACCUAAAACUAUUAAAUGCGCCAGCAGCUGCAUCACCCACCCUACCCCCUCCUCCUUCUUCUCUCCUAACUCCUCCCGUAUCCUUCUCCUCUUAUGGAUCCCCCUCUCUCCCCCUCCACCCCCUCCAUGUCCUCCGCCCUAUCCCCGCCGCCGCCGCCGCCGCCACCGCCGCCGCCCCCUCCCACGCCUCCGCCGCCGGCUACGUCACCAACCUCGGUCUCGGGUACGCCAUCGCCAUCGCCCUCGGCUUCCUCGUCCUCCUCUCCGCCGCACUCCUCGCCUCCUACAUCUGCUGCCGCUCCUCCCGCCGCCGCCGCCUCCGCCGCCAGCUGCAGCAGCAGCAGCAGCUACGCCGCGCCUCCGGCGGCGGCGGCCCGGCCCCGCCCGGCGGCGCGGGCUCCGACGGCAUCACUCCCCGCAUCAUCUUCGUGGCCGAGGACGACCGAGGGAGCGAGGCGGAGCAGGGCGCGGCGGUGGGGCUCGACCCGAGCGUCAUCAAUUCGUACCCCAAGUUCGCUUUCUCUAGGGAGGCCGGCGGCGUCGGGGGCAGCACGACGUGCUCGAUCUGCUUGUGCGAGUACAAGGAUGCCGAGAUGUUGAGGAUGAUGCCCGAGUGCCGCCACUUCUUCCACCUGCUCUGCCUCGACGCCUGGUUGAAGCUCAACGGGUCGUGCCCCGUCUGCCGGAACUCCCCCUCCCCCCCGCUCUCCACGCCCCUCUCCGAAGUCGUGCCGCUCUCUCAGUACGGCGAGGACCGCCGUCGACGUCGAUGAUUAUUCCUUUCUUCCUCCUUCCUUUUUUUUUCUUGGGUUGAUUUGGAUGGUGGGUUUUGGUUUUUCUGCGAGUGUUCUUGGUGGGAGUGUAAAUUCUACAACAAACGAGGUGGAGGGAUUGGUUUGGAGGGUUGCUUCUUCGUUCUCUUGUUUCACUGGGUUUGCCAUUUCGAUUGAUGAUAGUUCUUUAGAGUCAAGAAGGGAUAGAAAAGCUGGAAAUUUUGACA